ACAAAGCACAUAUGCAGUUCUGAGUUCAGCAGUGAGUUAUAUCAGUAUAUUGCUGUUGGCCGGUCCUUCUCACCGGCCAUUGACACUGUAAAUCUUGGCCUGGGUGCCGAGGGAUGGAAGGGUUUCUACCAGAGCAUCAGGCUGACACAGAUGGGCUUGUCUGUGAUCAUAGACUUGUCUUCUACAGCUUUCGUUCGACCCCUGCCGCUGAUUGAUUUUUCUAUGGAGAUUCUGAACAAAGAUAACCCACAGGCCUUUAGAAGUAUUACUAACAUGGACUAUGUCAAGAUCAAGAAGGCCAUCAGUGGUGUGAGGGUUGAAGUCACACACCGAGGAGAUGCAUGCCGAAAGUACCGGAUUGCCACUGUGAUGCAAAGUCGUCCUUCUGUAUUGGACACUUUAGCAGUGAAGCUGAGGGCUCUAAGGAGAUGGUAUUUCAUUCUAAAAAAGAACUCGACCAUGGGAGACUACCCCUGAGCUUUAUUCUAAGAAGAUGCUGUGCUCCGAACAUGGGUCGGAACGGGAGUUGCAACGAUUCCCGGACUUCAAUGCUCUAACCGGCCCACUGAGAGAAGCUUGGCAGAUGUGAUCCAUUCAAGUCUAUGGGUGUCCGCCUGCCGACCGAAAUGUUAUGGCUGGUUUCAGCUGUGAUACAUCAGUACAAAGUUUCUAAUCAACCACCUUUGUAUAACCUACCGUGGGAUAUGAUUGGUACACUCUUAUGAUACACGUAGAUUUGUUGGAAAAAAUUUAAGAGCACUUCAUUUUUAUAUAAAACUUUCGUUGUAA